GGCGGUGGCGGACUCGCUGAUGCUGCUGCUGAUAAGGAUGACGCACUUCCGUCUUCCCACCGUCACUGACUACCCUCCUUGCAGCAGACAGGCAGAAUGGCAAGCCGUCGUGUAGCCCUGAAGGCCGUUGACUGGCUGGCGUUUGCUGAGCGGGUCCCACCCAACCAGAGGGGCAUGUUCAACUCACUGAAGACUCGCAGUGAUGCCAUCGCUGCCAAACUGACCUCUCUGCCAGCGACUCCGGUAGCCAUCGACUGGAGUUUCUACAGGAGCACAGUGGCCAAAGCCGGGAUGGUUGAUGAGUUCGAGAAGAAGUUCAAAGCCCUGCAGAUCCCCGAGCCUGUGGACACACAGACGAACGCCAUCAAUGCACAGGAAGCUGAAGCUAAUAAAAGUGCAUCAGCCUACGUUGAAGGAUCGAAGGCCCGCAUCGCUCAGUAUGAGCAAGAGCUGGAUAAAUUCAACAACAUGAUCCCCUUCGACCAGAUGACCAUCGAGGACCUCAACAACACCUUCCCCGAGACCAAGUUGGACAAGGUCAAAUAUCCCUACUGGCCCCACAAGCCCAUUGCGGAUCUGUAAUCCCAUUACUGGAAACUCCCCUCACAAUAAAGUUUAUGUAUUUUAAAGAGAA